AUGUGGCGGUUUCCUACAGUUCCCGACAAGUAUUGCAUCUAUAGAGGCCCGCAGCGUUUGCGUAGAGUAAACCCAGAAGCGUACACUCCUCAGUUGGUCCUCAUUGGACCUCUUCACCAUUCUUUAAAAUCUCAAGCCCUCGAAUCUCUUGGAGAUAUCACAAAGACAACGAUAAUGGGCUACUUAAACAUGGAGGAGUAUAAGAAGAUUUACUUGGCAAAAUUUGCAGAAAGGGUUGAUGGAGAAAACACCAUUGAUGGAUUCAGAAGAAUAAUCGAAGAAGACAGAGAGAGAAUCAGGAUUUAUGAUGUUUACUAUAAAGAAUCAAGACCCAAGGAAACAGGGAAAACAGGGGAUCUUAUAGUGGACGACCCUUGUCUUCAUGCCACUGUUAAGGAAGACCUAAUGUUGCUGGAGAACCAGCUUCCUUAUUUCAUUCUUGAGAAGCUCUUCGGUCCAAUCGUCCCACGACUCGACCCAGACCAAACAUUCCGCAAUUUAAUCCUCGAUUACUUUGGUUCCCGAGGUAAAAUCAGUGAUGACUCUAGAUUCAUACAUUUCACUGAUAUGUUCCGAUGUGUUGGCUUAAACAGUUCAUCUGGCCCAGAAGAACCAUCAAAGACCAUAUUCAUACGUUUAGCUGAUAUAUUCCGAUAUGUCAACAUGAAGACAUGUGGGUCAACAAAACAACCAACUAUCAACUCCAAAGAUUUAUUUCUCAAGAAGAAAGAUGAGAGUAAAGCAGUAAACUACGUGAGAAGCUACAUGAGAAUCAAACACAUGUAUAACGCGGCAAAGCUACAUAAUGCGGGAGUGAAGUUCGUUGUCAUGAAAAAUCAGUUCGCCAUGGAUCUAAGAUUCGAUAAUGGUCGUUUGAAGUUGCCUUCUUUGUGGUUUGAUGAAUAUAUGGAGAGCAUACUGAGAAAUAUAAUGGCGCUUGAGCAAUGCCAUUACCCUUCCAACGCUCGUCUAUGUAACUUCAUCACUUUCUUGGAUUUCCUCAUCGAUAGUGAUGAAGACGUGGACUUGCUCUUCGUGAAAGGUAGUCUUUAUGCUUUUGUGUGUGUAUAUACCACUGUUCUAAAACGCAGUCUAAGUGUCACUUAA